AUUCAGUCUGGAUCAGUGUGCAAGUUCAUGGGAUUAUAUAAACUCCUACGUGUUUAAGGGAGGUGGAGACACCUUGCCACCCCCCUCCUCCGUCCUUGACUGAAAGCACCAACUAAUUUUUGCACAAGGGAGACAGUCGAAGCACUCCCAGAGCCCUUGAAAUGGAGGCUUCCGAAGACUAUCGUACUAGUAACGGCCAAUGCUCUCCUGGUAAGGAGAACUCGAGAAUGUUGGCGGAUAUAUCAGCACCUAAUGGAGAGACGGUUCCUCAGGGUCCUAAUUCCCCUGGUGAACUGACGAUUAAGCAAGAAGAAGAAAUCAUGGAGGAGUCUGACAACAGAAGUCCAGCAGUGGAAGAAAUAGGCCAAACAGGGGAAGAAGGAGUAGCACUAGAGGAAUCCAUGAGUGGCAGCCCAAGCAACGUACAGGACGGGUUAUCUGGGCCGAAUGUGACAGCCGAAUCAGGAAAUCGACCAAACGGAGACAGGCCGUUCCAGUGCAACCAGUGUGGUGUGUCGUUCACCCAGAAGGGAAACCUGCUACGACACAUCAAACUCCAUACAGGUGAAAAACCCUUCAAAUGCCCCUUCUGUAGCUACGCCUGUCGGAGGCGCGAUGCCCUCACUGGUCAUUUGCGCACUCAUGCUGUCGGCAAACCGCACAAGUGUAACUACUGUGGGCGGAGUUACAAACAGCGGACAUCUUUAGAGGAACAUAAAGAGCGUUGCCAUGGUUACCUGCAGGGUAUCAGCUUGGAUCCUAAUGUCAACAGUGGGCCUUACACAGGUGACGUUCCAAAAGAGCCAAGGCCCAUGCCAGAGCCCACCAUGGCUACCUUUGAUCGGCCACCUGUUAUUGAAAGACUGCAUAGCAAUGUAGGCAAGAGGAAGAGCACCACACCUCAGAAAUUUGUGGGUGAAAAGAUGCCUCGCUAUAGCUAUCCUGAUAUGAGCUAUGACAUGGCUGUUAAGUAUGAGAAGCAGUCUGAAAUGAUGCCACCCCACAUGAUGGACCAGGCUAUCAACAAUGCCAUUACAUACCUGGGAUCAGACACCCUACGCCCCAUGCUCCACCAUCCAGGCCCUCCACUUUCUAUGGCUGAGGUGGUGCCUAUUGUGAACCCACUCUUCCCCCAUGUCCUGCCACUGAGCCAACGAACAGAACGUUCAGGAAACUGUGACACACUACCAACACAGCCGCCUCAGCCCCAUGAGUUCCCCGGUCAUCCCACCUCAAAUGGCCCCACUGGUUUAACAAGGCCAGGUAAGCAGCCCCAACAAGGGCAAGAGGAGUCACCCAGCAACAGCGGUGUUGAAUCUGCUGACUCAGCUCGCAGCAGCCCUCAGGAAAGGCAGGGAUACCAUGGCAGCAACGUCCCCGUGGGCCUCAGGUCUCGUGGCAGUCCGGCAGUGGUCUUUUCAGGUGAGCGGAUGAGAGAUGCAUCACCUAGAAGUGGGGCAGGAGUCGGGCUUGGGAUAAUGCGACUGGCUACAGAGAGGCCUGUGAGCCAGGAAGGGAUACGGGUGUUUGGACGGGAGGGCCAGGAAUUAAGGGCCUUCCAGUGUGAGCACUGUCGAGUGCUCUUCCUGGACCAUGUCAUGUACACCAUCCACAUGGGUUGCCACGGAUACAGAGAUCCACUGGAGUGCAACAUCUGUGGUCACCGGAGCAAGGACCGCUAUGAGUUCUCCUCUCACAUAGUACGUGGUGAACACACCUUCCAGUAAGAGGAUGGGUAGAAAAUUGAGGGAUAGACAAAGAAGUGAAAGGAGCAAUACCCUGAUAUCCGUCCUUAUCUCCUCUGAGACUGCAUUGUUGAAUGGCAUUGUAGACAAGUGUAGCACAAUCACAGACUUCUUUUUAAGCUACUUAUUGUGAAUCUGAACAGUUUAACAAUCACAUGAAGGUAUGGGCCAAAGACACAUUUUGUACUAUUUAAUUGCGAUUAAUGUAAAGGAAGGACUUUUUUUUUCUCAAAAUCUUACUAGAUUCUAUAUUAGAGCAGCUGUCAAAGGGCAUUGACAAGUGUUUUUCUUUUUUUCAUUUUAUUCUAUUCUGAAGUAUAUUCUUUUGUGUUUUCCCUCUCAUCAUGCUUUUAACCGUUUUCAUUCUGAAGACAUAAUGCAUGCAUAUAGAUGGUAUAUUAGAACUUGUUUCUGCCCUGUGGGCUCAAUGUGGUUGAUAAAAAUCAGUUUCAGAUUACUAUACAAACGUCAGGGCUGCAGGUGGUGUAUAAUGUCACUAAAAACAUCACUAUGUUUGACAAAAUAGUAGCACUUAUUCAUUAUUGUACUUAUAAAAAUUUGAUUAUUGUUGCUAUCAGAUGUUAGUAAAUAUAUUGAAUGCAUUCUGGUUCUAAUAUCAGUGGGUAUGCAAGUGCAUUGCUGCCUAGACUUUAGACAAUGCUAUUAGCCCCCAUAACUAUAUACACCAACUUAAUUUUUUUGGGCCAAUGGAAAAAAAGAGAAAAACGUGGGAUUUAAAUGUAAUUUAUGAACAAAAUUUCAAUGCAAGUGGCAAAUAAAAUUAUCAGUAAACGGUAACAUUA